AUGUCCCUCGACAAGUACGAGCGCCUCGAGAAGGUCGGAGAAGGUACCUAUGGCGUCGUCUACCGCUCGCGCAACAAGGAGACGGGCGAGAUUGUCGCCCUCAAGAAGAUCCGCCUCGAGGCCGAGGACGAGGGCGUCCCCUCGACCGCCAUCCGCGAGAUCUCGCUCCUCAAGGAGAUGAAGGACGACAAUGUCGUCCGCCUGUUCGACAUCUGCCACUCGGACACAAAGCUCUACCUCGUCUUCGAGUUCCUCGACAUGGACCUCAAGCGCUACAUGGACAAGGUCGGCGACGGCGACGGCAUGGGCCCCGACAUCGUCAAGAAAUUCACGUACCAGCUCAUCAAGGGCGUCUACUACCUUCACUCGCACCGCAUCCUCCACCGCGACCUCAAGCCGCAGAACCUGCUCAUCAACAAGGAGGGCAACCUCAAGCUCGCCGACUUUGGCCUCGCGCGCGCGUUCGGCAUCCCCUUGCGCACCUACACGCACGAGAUCGUCACGCUGUGGUACCGCGCGCCCGAGGUCCUCCUCGGAAGCCGGCACUACUCGACCGGCGUCGACAUGUGGUCGGUCGGCUGCAUCUUUGCCGAGAUGAUCAUGCGCCAGCCUCUGUUCCCGGGCGACUCGGAGAUUGACGAGAUCUUCCGCAUCUUCCGUCUUCUCGGCACGCCGGACGAGGACAUCUGGCCUGGCGUGACGGGCCUGCCCGACUACAAGACGACGUUCCCCAACUGGCACGCCAAGGACCUGCAGGACCACAUCACGGGCAGCACCGACGAGAGCGCCGAGCUCCUUGCCGGCAUGCUCGCGUACGACCCGGCCAAGCGCACGAGCGCCAAGGCGGCGCUCCAGAGCGACUACUUCCUCGGUGCCGCCGAGAUGUCGUGAGCGGCGUCUCCACCGUCGCAUCCUCGACCUCGUCGCCGCCGCCGAUCAGAGCGAACCCUGUCCUUAUCCCGUCCUCGCCCUCGCCCUCUCUUCUCCCUGGCUCCGUCCUCGUCGUCGUC